CCUGCUCGUCGCGCUUGUUUUAAUAGGCACUUUGGGCGUUCACUAUGCAUCGCCGACAGUGAUGAGGAUUUUUGGCGACAGUGUCUCUUCGCAUCCUCGAAGCACCUCUUCGCAUCAUGCUCCGACUGCUAGAGCAGGCAUCAAGGCCCCUCCGGUUGACUUGCCAGAGAAGUUACAGAAGGCUUGGGCAAUGUAUUCACCUUACUUUUCGUCUGGAGAGUACGUCGAUCCACCUGCGGGGUGUGUAGUAUCACAGGUUAACUUGAUCCAGCGGCACGGUGCACGCUUUCCAACGAAGGGUUCUGGAACGAAAAUCGCGAGCGCUGUGACCAAGUUGUCAGCUGUCAAAGAAUACAACAACGAGAAACUUGACUUUUUGCACAACUUCACGUAUACGUUGGGAAAGGAUGACUUGAUUCCCUUUGGAGCUGCCCAAUCGUUCGACGCGGGUGGUGUCGAGUACCAUAGAUAUUCGGUACUUGUUAGCGAGAGCAGCGUGCCGUUCGUGAGAGCAGCUAGCUCCCAGCGUGUUGUGGAUACAGCGACCAACUGGACAGCAGGUUUCGCAAACGCUAGCAUGCGGAAAUUUGUCCCGAAGCUGGAUCUCAUAAUAUCCGAAGAGGGAAAUGUGACUUUGGACGACAGCAUGUGCCCAAAUGCCGGUGAUAGCGACGUUCAAACAGAUGAAUGGCUGGCUAUUUUCGCACCGCCUAUCACAAAACGUCUGAAUGGAUGGGCCCCUGGCGCAAACCUCACGGACAUGGACGCGUAUAGCCUCAUAUCAUUAUGCCCCUUCCAUACGUUGUACGAGGGAAGCCCGAGUCCCUUCUGCAACCUGUUCACACUCUCCGAAUUCGAGCAGUUUGCAUAUAGUGGCGAUUUAUCCAAAUACUACGGCACUGGGUAUGGUCAGAAACUAGGCCCCGUUCAAGGCGUCGGAUAUAUCAACGAGCUCCUCGCGCGCCUCACGAACAAGCCUGUCCAGGAUAACACUCAGACUAAUCGGACGCUCGACUCAUCGCCUACCACAUUUCCUCUCAACCGAACUUUUUAUGCUGACUUCUCACACGAUAACGAGAUGAUUGCCAUAUAUUCCGCUCUAGGACUCUUCAAUCAAAGCAAACCUCUCGACCCGAUGAAUCCUGAACAUAAACGAACUUGGAUCACCUGGAAAUUGGUUCCUUUCAGCGCUAGGAUGGUCGUUGAGAGAGUCCAAUGUGAUCAGGAUGCGUCGCUCUUUAUCAGGAUCUUCGUGAAUGAUGCUCUUCAACCGUUGGAGUUUUGUGAUGGAGCCACAGAGACUGGGCUAUGCGCUCUUGACCAGUUCGUGGCAAGUCAGGGGUAUGCGAUUAACGAUGGCGAAGGAGAUUGGGAAAAAUGUCUUGAUUGA